GAGCAUUCGUAAAUGUUGGUUUAAGACAUUUGAGGGGCAACCAACACGAUUUCACGUCUUAUCGGGCACAAACAGCAAAUCAGCGAACUUGAGAGUUGACGGAGCAACUAACUUGUCGGAGGAAGGCUGUAUUUGUCUUUAUUUUGUCUCUCUGAGUACAGGUAAUUGAAAACUGGAUGGGAUCGUCUGUGCUCUGCUAGCAACAUGGACCUCGGACUUCCAUUUAGUUCUGGCUGUGCUGAAGCACACCAGGUGGACCUGAGAGCGAUUGUGAAAGAAGAAGAUAUAAAAGAGGAGGAAUAUGAUCACAUGACUACAUGCCCCGAGGAAGAAGAAAAGCCCUUUGUAGAGUUUCACUGUAAAACUGAAACAGACGUCACAGAGUCACCAAGGUCAACUUGCAGUGAACUGCUACAGACAACAGUGAAGACUGAAGUGAAGAAAGAGGAAGAUGAAGAAGAGGAAGAUGAAGAAGAAGAGGAGGAGGAGGAAGAGGAGCAGCAUGAACAUGUGCUGGAAAGUGUAUCUGAACACCCACACUUGAGGCAACAGAAGACCCACGGCCAUAAUAACGAAGCACGUCCGUGCCACAGCACUGUCUGCAGGACGAGUUUCACUUGUCUUUCUCAACCUGAGAACCGCCAGCAGACUCGCUCUCCCGGUGUUUAUCAAUGGCAGAGAAUUGGCAAAAGGCGACAUAAAUGUCUCUGUUGUGGAAAGGAGUUGUCUGGAGGUAUUUCACAUCUUAAACGCCAUAUGCUCAUACACACUGGAGAGAAGCCUCAUGAAUGUGCCCAGUGUGGAAAAGCUUUUUCACAAAUUUCAACUCUUAGCCUCCAUAUGUUAACACACACUGGAGUGAAGCCUCAUGAAUGUGCCCAGUGUGGAAAAGCUUUUACACAACUUUCACAUCUGAAAACCCAUAUGUUAAUACACACUGGAGAGAAGCCUCAUGAAUGUGCCCAGUGUGGAAAAGCUUUUACACGAAUUUCACAUAUGAAAGCCCAUAUGUUAAUACACACUGGAGAGAAGCCUCAUGAAUGUGCCCAGUGUGGAAAAGCUUUUAUACGAAUUUCACAUAUGAAAACCCAUAUGUUAAUACACACUGGAGAGAAGCCUCAUGAAUGUGCCCAGUGUGGAAAAGCUUUUACACGCAUCAUUAACCUUAAAAACCACAUGCUCACAGUCUGUGGAGAAAAGCCUCAUAAAUGUACCCAGUGUGGAAAAGCUUUUACACAACUUUCAUAUAUGAGAGCCCAUAUGUUAAUACACACUGGAGUGAAGCCUCAUGAAUGUGCCCAGUGUGGAAAAGCUUUUACACACAUCAUUAUCCUUAAAAAACACAUGCGAAUACACACUGGAGAGAAGCCUCAUAAAUGUACCCAGUGUGGAAAAGCUUUUACACAACUUUCACAUAUGAGAGCCCAUAUGUUAAUACAUACUGGAGAGAAGCCUAAAGAAUGUGCCCAGUGUGGAAAAGCUUUUACACGCAUCCUUGGCCUUAAACAACACAUGCGAAUACACACUGGAGAGAAGCCUCAUAAAUGUACCCAGUGUGGAAAAGCUUUUACACAACUUUCAAAUAUGAAAAAACACAUGCGAAUACACACUGGAGAGAAGCCCCAUAAAUGUGCUCAGUGUGGAAAAGCGUAUUUACAGAUUUCACAGUUGGAGACUCACAUGAUGACACACACAGGGGAGAAGCCUCAUAUAUGUGCCCAGUGUGGGAGUGCUUUUCUCAGAGCGGCACGCCUAACACGCCACACGCGUCUUUGUUUGAAACAUCGUUCAGAAUUUACUUAAAUCUUCAGAAGCAAAUGAUGGCUCACCCUGCCGAACUAGGCAGGUUUUGUUUGCCCUAUGACCGCUUCAAAACCUUGCAAUAGGUAUAAUCGUACAGCUAGCGUAUUCCUGGGAAAUAUUUA